GCCCACUCCCCCUCCGUUCUCCAGAUCCGCCUCGCUUGCUCCCACUCUUCACCAUCAACUUCGCCCUUGAGCAAAGUUCGUUCCGCAACACCUAAUCAUACUCAUCUGCGUGUUUUUCCAUCCCUUAUCGCCUGGUUCUUUCUCCACCUUGACGUACCGCACACCCCUCCGCACUGUGAGGUUCGGAAGGCCACCAUACCAACCGCCCGGGACCUGGUCUUAGACAGAUCUCAGGCAUAUCUCGUUUAUUCGUUUGGAAAUCGCGUCAUUUCUGCUUGGUGGUCUUGCUACAAGCGCACGUGCUACCCCCUCGCAAGUAGCCGGAGAUGGAUUACAUACCGCCGGACACCUUCGACGCUCCGUCAUCGACCUUAUUCCCAAGACAAAUAUCGGGUCUGGGAGCCGCAGAUUUGGAAAGCUUGAACGGGAACGUCGCUGCUAUAGGGCCAUUUGUGAAAGUCGAUGACCCACCCAAAUUCGAAUUGGAGUCAUACAUCGCCAAUUACACUGGCCGGACCAGAUUCAAUCGCCUGUAUUUAAUAGGCACGUGUUCAACAUACCUUUCCACCGAAGCGCUUAAGACCGCGGUCGCCGAAGCCAAAUCGAGCAAAGAUGUCCCGAGAUAUGAACUCGCUGUGCGAGCGCUUGCUGAGGUUGCACCGAACGAACCUGAGGCAGUUCUAGACAAGGAAUUUGUGGAGCGCACGACCAAGGUCGUCAAGGCUGAGAGCGACCGAUUAGAGCACGAGCUCCGAGGCUAUAAGAACAAUUUGAUCAAAGAAAGUAUAAGGAUGGGAAAUGAGGACCUCGGACAACACUAUCAUCAUGUCGGCGACCUGGUGGCAGCAUCCAAAGCUUAUUCUCGCAUGAGGGACUACUGCACCACCCCAAGUCACAUCGCAUCCAUGCUGUUCAAGAUCAUCAACGUGGCCAUCGAGCGAGGGGAUUGGCUCAGCGUCCAGUCUAAUGUCCAGCGACUGCGCAACCUUCAAUCCAAACCGGAAGAACAAGCCAAGAAUCAGCCCAAAAUGGCCGCCGCCCUGGGUCUCUCCCAGCUCCACUCCGGCUCCUAUCUAGAUGCAGCGAACAGCUUCCUCAGCACGACUCCCACCCUCGGCGACUCGUACAACGAGACCCUCACCUCCAACGACGUCGCAGUCUACGGCGGCCUCUGCGCCCUCGCCUCCAUGGACCGCCACGAGCUCCAGCGCCGUGUCCUUGACAACAGCUCCUUCCGCAACUUCCUCGAACUCGAACCCCACAUCCGCCGCGCCAUCUCGUUCUUCUGCACCUCCAAAUUCCGUCCCUGCCUCGACAUCCUCGACUCCUACCGCGCCGACUACCUCCUGGACAUCCACCUCCAGCGUCACGUCGACACCCUCUACACCCGCAUCCGCACCAAGUCCAUCCAGCAAUACCUCGUCCCCUUCAACCGCGUCACCCUCGACUCCAUGGCCCGCAUCUUCGCCCCCAACCCCACCAAUGGCCAACCCCCCGCCACCGACCUCAACUCCCCCUUCGUCCAGGAGCUGAUCUCCCUGAUCCAAGACGGCACCCUGGACACCCGCAUUGAUCUGGAGAAAAUGGUCCUGGUCUCCAACGAGGUCGACAAGCGCACCGAGGUCCAAGAAUCCAUCCUGAACAACCUCUCCGAGUUCACUCGCGAGGCCCACAUCCGACUAUUACGGACGGAAAUCAUCCGCUCCGGCCUGGAGGUCCGGAAUACCGAGGAUCGGUCGAAGACGGCACAGCACGGCCAUGGACCCGGGGGGAAGGAUGCCAGAGGCGCAGCGGGGCUGUUUUAAUCAAAAAAACGUUGAGGUUUUGCUCCACUAUCGUGGGUUUUGGAAGCCAGGGACAAGCAGUAUGAAUGGAACUGAAAUGGGAUGUGAUGGAAUUAGAGAUUCGAAACGGGGGCCGUAACUAGUUGAUUUGAAGAUGAGCGAAAACGUCGCAUUUACUUUAUGGGGGAUGAUGCAUGCAUAGAUACCAAUUGAAGAUGGUUUACAC